AAGCAGCAUGAGUCAGUGAGCAGGCCAAAGUCCAUUCCUGGUGGCCACUCCUCCUUUGUGAUUCUGGACAGGAUAGAGCUGCUUCCUCAUUCCAAAUACAAAAUGAAAGGCACAUCUUAAGACUGGCCUGCUGCAAAAAUGAGUGCCUCAGAAGACGUUUGGAGAAAAGAUCUGAAGAUGAUCCAUGGCUACCCCAUGAUCUAUGCUUUUGCACUCAAUUGGGAAAGGAUUGAAGAGUUCCAGAGCACACCAGGUGACAUUGUAAUAACCACUUACCCUAAAUCAGGUACUACUUGGCUUAGUGAGAUUGUAGACAUGGUUCUAAAUGAUGGAAAUGUUGAAAAAUGUAAGAGAGAUGUUAUCACCUCCAAAGUUCCAAUGUUGGAACUGAGUGUUCCUGGAAUAAGAAUAUCAGGUGUUGAACUCUUGAAGAAAACUCCAUCACCUCGGAUAAUAAAGACACAUCUUCCAAUCGAUCUACUCCCAAAAUCCUUCUGGGAGAACAAGUGCAAGAUGAUUUACCUUGCUCGAAAUGGCAAGGAUGUUGCUGUCUCCUAUUAUCAUUUUGAUCUGAUGAAUAGUAUUAAUCCUCUUCCUGGCACCUGGGAAGAAUAUCUGGAGAAAUUCCUAGCUGGAAAUGUGGCCUAUGGUUCAUGGUUUGAUCAUGUUAAGAGUUGGUGGGAAAAGAGGGAAGAGCAUCCUUUACUUUACUUAUACUAUGAAGAAUUGAAACAGAACCCAAAGAAAGAAAUCAAGAAGAUAGCCAGCUUUCUAGACAAGACCUUGGAUGAAGAGGCCUUGGACAGGAUCGUCCAUCACACCUCCUUUGAAAUGAUGAAGGAAAACCCCCUGGUCAAUUACACCCAUCUGCCCACAGCAAUGAUGGACCACAGCAAGUCCCCUUUCAUGAGAAAAGGUAUUGUUGGGGACUGGAAAAAUUACUUCACAAUGACCCAAACUGAGCAAUUUGAUGCUGUCUAUAAGAAGAAGAUGUCUGGAACAACACUUGAGUUCUGCACAGACAUUCAGAGUGCCUAAUCUACAACUUGAAUAUAUGGUUUCUUAAAAUAGUAACCUGGAAGAGAAAUCAAAUAGAUUCAUGAAGGAAAAAUAAAUGUGCUUUAAAAAUGCUAAUUGAAAACAUACUACACAUUCCCCAGCAGGUAAUCUUCCAAAUGAUCUAGAGCCAAGGUCUUUUGUUACCUUAGUUUUCAAAGGAUAUGUCUUCAGAUUUCUAGAUUCUUACUGAGUUGAAUAAAUACAUUUUGUGACUUUUGAAAAAAAAAGAAGUUGGUCUGAGUUUAUUAUAAUAUGGAAUAUAAUUUGUUUCAGAAUAUGAAACAUGUUCUUGCAAAACAUAUUUCACAGGAGACUAUACUUUCCACUGUGUCUCCCAUGUAGUAGUACUUAGAGAAAGUACUUAGAGAAAGUACUUAGAGAACACUAAGCGCUUCUUAGAGUUAUGUUUCCUUCACUAUUAAAACAGUUUGCAAGGUUGCAAAUGGUCUGCAUUUUCUACACUUGUUAGGUUCCCUCUCCUGGAUAUCUGACCCAGGACACUAUGCUCCCUGGCUAUCUCAAGGUUUUCAUGCUGUUCUGUGAGUUAUCAAUUAUCCUUCUACCAUGGUUCUUCAGUAAUAUUAUUCCAUGUGUCAGAUCAAGUAGCUGAGACUUGGAAAUAGUGUAGACCAGGCUGGCCUCAAAUUCGGAAAUUCACCUACCUCUACCUCCCAAGUGCUGGGUUUAAAGGCAUAUGCCACCAUCACCUGGCCACAUUAUUUUGUUUAGAACUUUUCCCUUGAGCUGUGAGCUUAUCUCUGAGAACCUAUUCAAUCUCUGCCCUAUUCACGUCCAGAUAUAUCUUGGACAGAGAAAUGUAUAACUCUUUGUGUGAAAAGGUUUCCUGCCUGUAGGUAAUAUCAACCUAUGUAAAAUUGUAUCUCAAACUGUCUCCAAACUAAAGCGAGUUGAUGAGCUCUAGAUUUCUCCUUUACCUAUUCAAAAGAUGGAGGCUUCAUUUACAAUGUAAACACACUCUCAACCAUAGCUGAUAUGAGAAUAGGUAAAAGAAUUUGUAUUUUUACAAGUGAGUCUUAGCUACAAGUCCUUGUUUCAACUUCAAAGAAAGUCAUCCAGUACAAGUGCAAACUCACAGAAAAUACACAUCUUUGCUUAGAGAGAUAGCUGCUUCAUAACAUGGUUUAUAAUUUCUUCAAGUUAUGAAACAUGUGUUCUAAUGCUAAGAAAUAUCUUGUAGAAGUUAUAUAAAAUAUUUGUAGGUAUGAAAAUAUAAUUUGACUUGGAGAAUAUUCUUCUCAGGAAAAAAAUUAAGCCAAUGUAGGCAGAUACUUAAUUUGCCUUAUUAUCAAUACCAAUAAGUUAAUGUGACCCACAAUCUGAUACAACCUCAAGUUAUAGGAAAAAAUAAUAAGCAUCUGUGACCUAGACUAAUUUUGUUGUAAUGGCUUGCUUGAAUCAUCUACCUUCACUAGUACAAUGAAGUAACUUUGGCUUUCCUUUUCAGGAAUUUUGUUUAAUUCUGUUCAACAAUAGUAACUUUAUAAACUUGAACUAUUCUUCAAGUGAUUUUGAAGUGCAAAAAAUAUAAUUUGAAAAAAAUAAAGUGUAUAUUUUUCUUU